UGAUGUGGUUCCUCCUCUUCAUCCUCUCCCUCUUAUUCACUUUGCUGUUCAAAUCCCUUCUCUUUUCCUCUAAACCCUCCACCAAACUCGACGGCACUAUUCUACCGCCGGGACCCACCUCGAUUCCCAUAAUCGGAAACUUCAUAUGGCUCUACAAACUAGCUUCCGGAAUCGAACCCAUACUUGUUGACCUCCACGCGAAGUAUGGCCCUGUCGUCUCCCUCCCCAUUCCCUUCAGCCCUCACCCUGCCAUUUUCAUCAACGACCACUCACUCGCCCACCAAACCUUGGUUCAAAACGGCGCCGUGUGUGCGGACCGCCCUCCUCCCCAGCCCAUCACCAAGCUCAUCACUAACAACAACCGUGUCAUCUUCAGCAGCGGCUACGGCCCAACUUGGCGUCUCCUCCGCCGUAACCUCAUGUCCGAGGUUUUAAACCCUUCUCGGCUCAAGUCCUACGCUUCUUCCCGAAAAUGGGCUUUAGAUAUCCUCACCAACCGGCUCGAUCAGUCCGUAUCAUCAAACGGACCUGUCGUCGAAGUUUUAGAACACUUCCGGAUCUCCAUUACUUCUUUGUUCGUGUAUAUGACUUUUGGUGUGAAGGUGGAGGAUGAGGCGAAGAUGAAAGAAAUCAUCGAUGUUCAGCGUCGCUUUAUCUUUGGUUUGGUAAGAGGUUUUCAGACCCUAAACUUGGGACCCAGGUGGUUGAACAAGAUUUUGUUCCGUAAGGGCUGGAAUCAGUUCUACGAAAUUCGAAAGCAACAAAAGGACAUCCUGCUCCCUUUCAUAAAGGCACGAAAGAAGGUUAAACAAGAAAGAGUAGAUGAGAACAACGAUGACUUCAUGAUAGCUUAUGUUGAUACAUUAAUGGAUUUAGAAGACCCUCUCGAGAACAGAGCAUUCAAUGAAGGAGAACUAGUGGAUCAAUGCUCCGAGGUCUUGAACUCCGGCACGGACACCAUGUCAGUAACAUUGCAGUGGACGAUGGCGAAUGUAGUGAAAUAUCCACGUGUUCAGAAUAGGCUUGUUGAAGAGAUUACAGAGGUUGUGGGGGUUGGAAACGAAGAAAUGAAACAGGAGGAUCUUCAGAAGAUGCACUAUUUGAAAGCAGUGGUGAUGGAGGCUCUGAGGCUUCACCCACCAGGCCACUUUGUGGUUCCACACUCGCUUACAGAGGACAUUGUUCUGGAUGGACGUUAUAUGCUGCCAAAGAACUGUACUGUGAAUUUCAUGGUUGCCGAAAUGGGUCGGGACCCGAGUGUUUGGGACGAGCCCACGGAGUUUAAGCCUGAGAGGUUUCUGAGUGAUGGAGAUAAUGUACAGUGUGAUAUAACAGGGAGUAAAGAGAUUAAGAUGAUACCUUUUGGGGCUGGGAGGAGAAUAUGUCCGGGGUGGGGUUUGUCCAUGCUUCUUCUGGAGUAUUUGGUGGCAAAUUUGAUUUGGAAGUACGAGUGGAAAGCUGUGAAUGAAGUUGGUGUGGAUUUGACUGAGAAGCAAGAGGCCACCUGGGUGAUGAAGAAUCCAUUGCAAGCCCAUAUAUCUCCAAGGUUGAACAAGUGAAAAUAAAUUAUCAGUCAAUUGUCUGUAAUAAGUAAUAAAUGAUAUAUACCAGAAGAAAGAAAUUAUCUGUGUGUAUGUAAUAUUGAAAAAAAAAAAAUUAAAUUAAAACUAUGGAAUCAAU